UAGGCGGGUACUAAAAGCAGAGCAACGAACAAAAAAGGGAUAAUUCCCUUUAAAAAGCAAGGCUUCUACUUCUUCGUCAGCCAUCGUUACUCACUCCCAAGAUAUCUGUCUGUUCCAGCCCCGGAUAGACAACACUGAAGAAAGAAAAAGACGAAAAGGUUUCCAAUUCGUCAAAUUUCAAUGGACACUUAGGGUUUUAAAUAGAAAGAAAGAAGACGUUAUUUUUUCUUUUAGAUGCUAAAAAUGAGUGUUUCGGCGACAUUUCGUGGCAAUUUUAGUUCCUUAUUGAUACCACAGAGCAGCUAUUGUCCUUGCGAUUAUCGUCCACGCCACAUUUUAGCUUCAUCUUCUGUUAUUUCUUGGCGAAAACGAUGUCGUACAAGAGAUUUCAAGUUGUACCAGGUUUCAGAGUUUUGUGAGAAGAGAGAAAUUAUUGUAUGUAGAGCUGCAGAGACAGAGAUUGAACCGGAUAAUAGCAACAAUGAUAAUAAGGAAAAAGAAGUGCAUGAAGGAGGAGAGGAGCAUCCUACCAUAGAUUCCGUUGGCCAAACUGACGACCAACCUGAUUCUCAGCCUACAAUUCUAAAUCAAAUAAAUGGCGGGGAAAUUACUACUGGAGGUGGCACCCAGUUAAAUGAAACAAUAUACAAUGGCUGGCCACAACAUCCUGUAGCCAUUCAAAUUUCGUUGUGUUUGAAACAGGAAGCUGAUGAUGAAGUUGUCAGUGGGUCCCCUCUGCCAGGUGUGAAGCCCCAGCAACUGGAUGAAUCAAUCAGGAUUCCUAAAGAAACAAUUGAUAUUCUCAGGAACCAAGUGUUUGGCUUUGAUACAUUUUUUGUGACAAGCCAGGAGCCAUAUGAGGGUGGAGUCUUGUUUAAAGGAAACCUGCGAGGCCAGGCAGCUAAAAGCUAUGAAAAAUUAACGAACAGGAUGCAGAAUAAAUUUGGGGAUGAGUACAAGAUUUUCCUCCUAGUUAAUCCGGAGGAUGAUAAACCAGUGGCAGUUGUGGUUCCAAGAAAGACCCUACAGCCAGAAACGACAGCUGUCCCAGAGUGGUUUGCAGCUGGCGCUUUUGGACUGGUUACAAUUUUUACGUUACUUCUCCGGAAUGUGCCUGCAUUACAGUCAAACAUAUUAUCGACUUUUGACAAUCCUCAGCUGUUGAUGGAUGGGCUACCCGGAGCCCUUGUGACUGCACUUGUUCUGGGGGCGCAUGAAUUGAGCCACAUACUGGUUGCAAAAAGUAAUGAAGUUAAGCUUGGGGUGCCAUACUUUGUUCCAAGUUGGCAGAUAGGUUCUUUCGGUGCUAUCACAAGAAUAACAAGUAUCGUGCCCAAACGUGAAGUUCUUCUCAAAGUUGCAGUGGCAGGACCUUUAGCUGGGUUUUCCUUGGGUCUUGUUCUUUUCCUUUUGGGCUUCAUCUUACCACCUAGUGAUGGUAUUGGUCUUGUUGUUGACGCUUCUGUUUUUCAUGAGUCAUUUCUUGCUGGGGGUAUUGCUAAACUUCUGCUAGGUGAUGUACUCAAGGAAGGCACUCCCAUAUCUGUUAAUCCACUGGUGAUAUGGGCAUGGGCUGGACUUCUUAUUAAUGCCAUCAACAGCAUCCCUGCUGGAGAGCUUGAUGGUGGGCGAAUUUCUUUUGCUAUCUGGGGAAGGAAGGCCUCAGCUCGCUUCACUGGUUUCUCCAUUGUCUUGCUUGGACUAUCCUCACUACUUAAUGAUGUGGCUUUUUACUGGGUAGUUCUAAUAUUCUUCUUACAAAGGGGGCCAAUUUCUCCAGUUUCUGAAGAGAUAAGUGAUCCCGAGAAUAAGUAUGUUGCCCUUGGACUAUUAGUUUUGGUCUUAGGAUUGCUGGUGUGCCUACCAUACCCCUUCCCUUUUACAGAUGAAACCGUUACAAGUUUCACAAGUAAUGCCAUUUCAAAUCUCUAGUCACAAUACAGUUUCCAUAUACUCCAGCCUAAAGUUUUUCUUAGAAUAUCAGACAGCCUUGUUAGUGUAACGUGUACAAGGAAAUGCGAUACGCAUUUUAGCCCAUCAAAUUGGUGAAAUUGUGCUGUGUAUUAGCAUCAAGAAAUUCAUAUGCAUGGCUAUUUUCUCCCUUAAUUCCGUUCGUGUAAUUUCAACAAGUCGAUGAAUCUUUUCGCGGGUGCUUC